UCUGUUGCCUGGCCCUUGUCUUCUGUUGUUACAUUUGGUGUCGCUGCCUACCGACAAAUGAAAAGCCUAUACCCUGCAGUUUUUGAUGGAGACAUAUGGAUCUUCGGGCAGGACUUCAAGGCUUCUGCGCAGUUGAGUGGCGUUCAAGAUCUGCCAGCGAUGGAGCUGCUACUUGAGACGCUGCUGGGAGGUCGGGCGAAAGCAGCAUAUGAAGGUGUCGGCCGAAGUAUGGACGAAUGUUCGACAGGGUCAGGCAAACAGUUUCCAAAGUGGGAAGGACCAUAUAUGGUCACUUCGAGAUGGGGUUACGCAGACACAGUCGCAAUGGCGAACAAUGAGAGGCGCGUGAACGUCAGCGAGCUCCAGAAAUGGAUACAGCGAGACAAGCCAACGAUGACGCCUGCACCAAGUAGAUCAAGCCGACUUCAGUCGCACGUAUUUGACGGGGGGACGAGUGUGGUGAGAGCAGGCUGCUAGCCGAUUGGUUGGCACUAAUCUACGUUAAGGUCUAGGUCACUAAUAUGGGCCGUGAGAAAAUAUGAACAAGACUGAGUCAACAACCAAUCACAGCUAAGUUAACGUGGCAAAAUGUGAUUCGCAGAGAGAACUCGAUUUGUCAAGGAAUCCCGAAACAACCAAUCAGAAGCCUGCGUUUGUCUACCUAAACAACCAAUCAGAUGACUGCGCUUGUCUAUAAUAAUGUUGUCUGAAAUAUGUAUAAAUACGUGUUGAUUUUCAUAAUAAAACGAUCUGUUGCCUGGCCCUUGUCUUCUGUUGUUACA